CAACUGGGCUGUGGGACGGCAGUGUCAGCCCCUCGGGAGUCAAGAUACGGGGAAGGGAAGGGCACGAUUUGGCUGAGCGACGUGAACUGCAAGGGAACAGAAGGGUCCCUCACUGAAUGCCAGGCAAGGCCAUGGGGAGACAACAUCUGCAACCACGUGGAAGAUGCCAGCGUGGAGUGCGCAGGAACAGAAAUACCUGAUCUGGGGCCAAUCCGGUUGGUGGGAGGCCCAAACCGAUGCGCUGGCAGGGUUGAGGUGCUUCAUGAAGAGCAGUGGGGCAGUGUGUGCCAUGACGACUGGGAUAUCAAUGAUGCCCAAGUUGUCUGCAGGCAACUGGGCUGCGGAGAUGCUGUGCUGGCCCCCAUUGGAGCCAAGUUUGGACCUGGGUUUGACACCAUCUGGCUCGAUGACGUGAACUGCACAGGGUUGGAAGCUGCCCUCUCCGACUGCCCGGCGAGGCCAUGGGGGGAUCACAAUUGUUUCCACGGGGAAGACGCCAGUGCAGUUUGUUCAGACUCGGAGAUCACCAGCUCCGCUUCAGUCCGCCUGGUGGGUGGCCCCAACCGCUGCUCUGGGAGAGGCGAGGUGCUUCACAAGGAUACCUGGGGGACCGUCUGUGAUGACCACUGGGAUUUACGGGAGGAGAAGGUUGUGUGCCGGCAGCUGGGCUGUGGGACGGCUCUGUCAGCCCCUCGAGAGUCAAAAUAUGGGGAAGGGAAAGGCCGGAUCUGGCUGAGCGAUGUGAACUGCACAGGGACAGAAGGGUCCCUCACCGAAUGUGAGACGAGGCCAUGGGGAGACAACAUCUGCAACCACGUGGAAGAUGCCAGCGUGGAGUGCUCAGAGGUGGACAUUCCUGAAGAGGGGCCAGUCCGUCUUGUGGAUGGCCCGAACAAAUGCGCUGGGAGAGUUGAGGUGCUCCACGAGCACCGGUGGGGCAGCGUGUGUGACGACGACUGGGACAUGAAGGAUGCUGAGGUGGUUUGCAAACAAGUGGGCUGCGGGUCACCACUGUUGGCUCUGGGAGGUGCCCGCUAUGGGCGGGGGUCGGAUGUCAUCUGGUUGGACGAUGUCAAAUGCAACGGGACAGAAGAAAGCAUCUUUGACUGUGAGGCCAGACCAUGGGGUGAACACAACUGCUAUCAUGGAGAGGACGCCGAUGUUGUUUGUGCAGUUAACGAAAACCUGGAGGAACCAGAAGCACAGUGA